CUCGCUUCUUCUCCAACCCUGUUCUCUCGCGGAGCUUGCGAUCGCCCGCCGUGACAACUUACUCCCCCGCUCGUUCCUGCCGCUUGCAGCGCACAUGUGCGGCAUCCUCUGUGGGCUUGCCCGGUCGACUGGCCCGGUCGACUUACGAUCGUCCAAGUGGGCCCCGAUGUGGGAGGCACUGCUGCUGAAGAACAAGAACAGAGGCCCCGAUCAUCAAGGCUCUCUGGUGUUCACUGCCAACUCGCUCGCCCUAACGAUGCAUUCGACCGUCCUGCACCUGCGAGGGAGCCAGGUCACACCUCAGCCGUAUCAACCCCACUCGGAGUGUCCCGCUCCUCUGCUCGACAGAGUCUCUGCGUGCUCCUCGCCCAUAGCACUGUCCUUCAAUGGCGAGAUCUAUGGCGGACUCGACGGGAUUCUUGACGACAGCCAUCUGGACACGAAUGACACUGCGGCAGUGGCCGAAUUUAUCGCCCAGAACGUCGGCGAUUCUCCAAGCCUGCUCAAAGGCAUAGCAAAACUCAAGGGCGAAUGGUCCAUGUGCUUCUAUCAACUCGAUCGGCGGCGGCUGUGGUUUGGUCGCGACUGCCUCGGCCGGAGAUCGCUUGUGGUUCACUACCCGAGUCUUGCUGGCUGGGUGGCGGGUUCGGAUCUCUUCUUGAUAUCCUCGGUGACGGCCGGAACGGAGAUGGACCCGCCGGGCUUUUGGACAGAGCUGCCUGCAGAUGGGAUGUACUGUCUGGACCUGCGCUCGCUGGAUGAGGCGGCUCAGACCCUGAACCAGGCUCUGGAAUCAACCCCACAAGGACCCGACGCCAGCAGCUUUUCAAGCCAAUUCAAGGAGCAUAUCCGCCACUUCCCAUGGAGCUCAGCGGUAUCCCAAGUUGGCUCUGAGGACUUUCUUCCAAGCCCGCUGCAGGACAUCAACAGUACCCUUCCCUCGGUCUCAGAAUCGGAUCAAGUUGUGGACUACUUGCUUGCGACAACUCUGCCAAACGAAUUCCCGGUCUUGCCCGAGCACACAACGGCUGUGCUCAGGCGAUUCGACGAAGCCUUGAGCAAUGCAGUCCGGCGGCGAGUUCAGAGUAUUCCAAAACUCAUCCAAAGCCCAAAGCCACAUGCCGCCCGUCUUGGAGUUCUGUUCUCGGGUGGUCUGGAUUGCAUUGCCCUUGCUGCCCUGGCGCACCGCCACUUGCCGCUAGAUGAACCCAUCGAUCUACUCAACGUUGGGUUUGAGAAUCCUCGAGUUCAAAAGGCUCAGUCCGCCAAAUCCAGCAGAGGCAAGAAGCGAGAGAGCGCUGCUCUCGACAGCGAGUGCGACAGCCUUUCGGGUGCUCCCAUCAAGCCAGUUGAUGCAGCCUCGGCCACUGUUGACGAUGAGUCAGUGUACAACGUCCCUGACCGCUUGACCGGGCUCUCGGGGCUCGCAGAAUUGAAGGAGAGCUGCCCCGGUCGGCAAUGGAACUUUGUCAAGAUCAACAUCACUUACAAAGAGGCCAUGGAGAAGAAGGACUACAUCGCGUCGCUGAUGAUGCCGCUGUCGACUGUGAUGGAUCUGAGUAUUGCCAUGGCAUUUUGGUUUGCCUCUCGCGGAGAAGGCGUGCUCCACGAUGACAAUCGACCGUACAGCUCGCCGGCCAGAGUUCUGUUGAGCGGCCUUGGUGCGGAUGAGCAGCUCGGAGGAUAUGGCCGCCAUAAGGUCAGGUUCGAUACGGCGGGGUGGGCCGGCCUCUACGAGGAAAUCAAGAUGGACCUGGGGCGCAUCUCGGAGCGAAACAUGGGUCGCGACGAUCGCAUCAUAGCCGAUCAUGGCAAAGAGGUGCGAUUCCCGUUCCUGGACGAGGGACUUUGUCAACGUUGCGUCGUCGUUGCCAGUGUACCACAAAGCCGAUCUGCGCUUCCGCAAAGGCAUUGGCGAGAAGCUGGUGCUGAGGAUGUACGUCCAGCGCGAGCUGGGGCUCACAAAGGCGGCAACGGAGCCCAAGCGGGCGGUGCAGUUUGGUGCGCGGACAGCAAAGAUGGAGCACGGACGCGAGGCAGGAACCGAUCGGAUCUGAAGCCGGCACGGCAUUGACCGAGGCAAGAAAGCGAGAAUACACCCAGAAAGGCCCGGCAUGGACAUGGGCCGCGCGCGCAA